GCUGUCCAUCUGUUUGCCUGCAGGAAAUGUGCAAAUGUCACAAGCCAGCAGCAGCGGCAGCAGUGCGGCUUCUGCUAUUUAAUGCUGGAGUUGUUCCUCACAUGCUAACUUCUAGCGUGUCAGAAGCAGUUAGAAUAUUUGAUGCAGCAUUAAGAGUUAAAACGUCUGUUCGGUGUUUUCAAACGCAGUGAGUGUAAUCAAGGUAAUGGAGUGUCGCGUGCUGUCCAUCCAGAGUCAUGUUGUCAGGGGAUACGUUGGGAACAAGUCUGCAACAUUCCCUUUACAGGUACUGGGUUUUGAAGUGGACUCAAUCAACUCUGUGCAGUUCUCCAAUCACACAGGUUAUGCCCAUUGGAAAGGGCAAGUAUUGACCGCAGAGGAGCUCAAUGUGCUGUAUGAGGGCAUAAAGCUAAACAAGGUGAACCACUAUGAUUACAUCCUUACAGGCUACAGCAGGGAUACGUCAUUCCUGGAGAUGGUCGUUGACAUUAUUCAGGAGCUGAAGAAGGCCAAUCCCAGUCUGGUAUAUGUUUGUGAUCCUGUAAUGGGAGACCAGGGCGCCAUGUAUGUUCCAGAAAUUCUCUUGCCAGUAUACAGAGACAAAGUAGUGCCUUUAGCCGACACCCUUACCCCUAACCAGUUUGAAGCAGAGUUAUUAACUGGCAGGAAAAUCAUCACAGAGAGAGAUGCUUUUGAGGUGAUGGACUUGCUGCAUAAAAUGGGACCAGAGACCGUGGUCCUAACUAGUACAGACCUGCCGUCAAAACACGGGGACCAGUUUCUGGUGGCCCUUGGGAGCCAAAAAAUAGUGAAUGAAGAUGGGACCAACGCCAGUCAAAAAAUCUGCAUGGACAUCCCAAAGGUGGAUGCUGUAUUUGUGGGAACAGGAGACUUGUUUGCUGCCCUGUUGCUGGCCUGGACUCACCGUCACCCUAAAGACCUAAAGACUGCCUGUGAAAAAACUGUGUCAGUCAUGCACCAUGUCAUCAAGAGGACCAUUACUUACGCCAAUGGCGUUGCUGGUCCAGGAAAUAGGCCCAGCCCUGCACAGCUAGAGUUGAGGAUGGUUCAGAGCAAAGCUGACAUUGAGAAUCCUGCCAUUGUAGUGGAAGCUAAGGUUUUACAGAAGUCUUUGCACUGAACUCAACGACACAUUUUCGUAAACCUUUCACGUUGUGCUGGGACAAAUCAGCUUCAAAUGUAGGUGGUUCACCAGUCAUGUAUAGGAUUUUUCAAUCUUUCACCUCCCUCUGAAGGAAUAGAACUGACUUCUCAUGAGGAUUGGUUUUAUGUACAUUCUGCCUACAAACACACCAGAAUCACUGCCAUAUGUGUUUGCACUGUGGCCUGUGUAGACACCAGUUAGAAAAAAAGGACAUUAUCCAGCUAUUCGUAGGUUAAAAUAUACUGCAAGUGAAUCCUUUACAGGGGGAACACAUUUAUUGCUAUAAAUUGACUAAUCUCAACCUAAAUUUAAGAAACACAGAACCAGUGAUGCACACAUUAUCAUUCCUCUGCCUUCUUUUUAGCUGUAUUUUUUUUUAGCUCUAACUGUAACAAAUUACUCCUCUUAAGGUGUUACUCACAAGGUACUACAAGCACACUAUUGAAGUGACUGCGAUAUAAUCAAAACAAUGCAUUAGACCUGAAGCAUCAAAUAUUGGAAAAUGAAAAUUUCUCACAGCUUUUACGAAGAACAAUCUUUUUUUUUUUAGUUGUAAGAGUCACAAACAUCGUAUAGCUUAGUGAGCCUUCUAAAUGAAAUAUAUAUAUAUAAUAAUAAAAUUAAUACCUAGAGUGCUCAUGAUGUACUUUAGUCUCCAUUAAUUUAAGUUGAUUGUUAUUCAGAUUGUGUGUAUUUUAAGUGCAGGAAUGUGUUUUGUAACUUGCACAAAGUAUCAAACAGAUUAUGCAAUUUAUAUGUAGUCCUUAUAGUUUCAUUACCACCGUUUGUUUCACUUUGUAUUGCUUCUAACGCAUUUUAACUUUCACAUGAAUCAUGAGAACAGCUUCUGUCUUCAGCUGUUUGUUUUAAAAUCCAUUUUCUUGAAAUGAUUUUCACUUGAAGGUGUGUAACAUGUUAAGCUAUAUGUCUUAAACAUCUCAAAUUGGGGUAUUCGCACAGAUAAUCAUUAAUAUAUUUGCUAGAGAUCAUUUUUUCAUUUUGUGACGGUUGUCAUAUCUCAGAAAAGAGUUCCAGUGAGAGACCCCACUGUAUAAUAGCCUUAACAGGGUUGCAAAGAAAUUGAUCUGUGAAUGUUUUUGUGUACCAAUGUCGUAUUUUAUCCUCACACUUAAUGGUAGAAAGACAAGUGCCAAACCUCCUGCUGCUGCCCUGAUACAGGGCAACAUGGAAACAGAAGUAAUAAAUGACUAAUCUUUUACUAAAA